AUGAAAAUCCUGCGGUUCUGCUUGCUCCUAUUUGGAAUUGAAGGAGUAUUCUCCCAGUACAUCGCAAACGACGUGGUCAGUGACUACGGGCAGGUUAAGGAGCUACUCGCGCAAUACUACCGUAAACAUGCAAAAAAAGCCGGCAAUGACUAUGACCCCUCAGUCGUCCGAAAUCAAGCUACCUCUAAAAUGUUUUAUGAUGGUACAGAAGCUACAGUAAACAGAUUGAUUUGGACUGAAGUCUUUGAGAAUGACAUCAUCCUCACACUACCUCAAGCAGAAGCGCUUCUGACGGAGUCAGCCGGCUCUCGAAAUAAGAGACAAGCUAGUCCUUCGGCAUAUUCUUUCUGGCCAAAUCUCACUGUUUCAUAUGAAUUCGCAUACAACGAUGAGGUCGAAACAUGGGAAGCCAACCUCAUUCGAUCAGCACUACGACAUAUUGAGCACAACACAUGCAUCCGAUUCAAAGAAAAUGGUGGAGAUAGAGAUGGCUUGAGAUACUUCCGUGGUAACGGUUGCUGGUCUAACGUAGGACGAACAGGUGGACGUCAACUUGUUUCAAUUGGGUACGGGUGUGAUUCGCUAGGAAUCGUUGCCCACGAAACGUUGCAUGCAUUGGGUCUUUGGCAUGAACAAUCACGAAGUGAUCGAGAUCAAUUCAUCAACAUAAACUUCUGGAGAAUAAUCAGGGGUACUGAAGGAAAUUUCGAGAAACGAACCGCGCUGACUAGUGACAAUAUGGGGCAGCCAUAUGAUCUUGGUUCAGUGAUGCACUAUGGUGCCAAAGCAUUCACUUCUGAUUGGACUGCAAACACGGUGGAGACAAAAGACAAGCGAUUCCAAAACACGAUCGGCCAAAGAGAUGGGAUAUCCUUCAAAGAUGCAAAAAUGAUCAACUUGCGUUAUUGUACAGGAGUGUGCAGGACGACAUUGCCUUGUGCUAAUGAGGGCUAUACUGAUCCCAACGAUUGUCAGAAAUGCCGCUGUCCGAAGGGAUACGGAGGAGUGUACUGCCAAGAACUAGAACGAUCUUCAUGCGGUGAAGAGCUGAUUGCUACACAAGGAUACCAAACCCUCCGAAGUGGACCUGUAUAUGCGAAUACCAAUUGUAUUUGGAGGAUACGAUCUCCUGCAGGACAGAAGCUGGAGCUCGUCAUUGAUUCUGUCAACUUCCCAUGCCUAGACUCAUGUACCAGUUUUGUUGAAAUCAAAGCGACUCGAAGCAAAACUGCUACUGGAGCUCGUUUAUGUUGCAAGGCUUCAGGACCUUUCUAUUCUGAAGAUGAUGACAUUAUACUAAUAUUCAAAGGAGAUUCACAAAUUCAACCUGGUUAUAAUGGCUUCACUGCAAGAUAUCGUUACUGUACGUUCAACAGGAAUAUUAUUAGUAUUGUUAUUAAUCCGCAAAGCUACGGUGAGUGCUUCUCCUUUCAAUCACUUGCGUGCCCUGGGGGUCUCGAAAAAACAUUUUCUAUUCAGACUGCAAGCUGGGGCUUAUGGGGACAGUGGUCGGAAUGCAGUCAAUCGUGUGGAGGAUGCGGUUACCGCACUCGUGUUCGUGGCUGUUACGGAGGAAACCGAGUAUGUCCAGGAAGCGAUCAUCAAAGAGAACAUUGUAAUACACAGCCGUGUCCAGUCACUAAGGUCGUUGGAAGUUGCAAUGGACGGAUUCUGCUUCCAUGCUAUCUGGUGGAUAGGAUGACAUUCGGUGAACAAGCACUAAGUAAGUUGUCAGCCACUAUGAGAACAAGUUUGCAU